AUGUUUGAUCCAACCUUCGAGGGCAAGGUUGAGUUACUUCCGUGCGGGGAACGUGAAGGCUUUAACCUAGAGAUAGUUGGCAACUCCCGCGUUCCUGAACGCGAGGCGUUAAAUGCGCCGCUGCCGCAAGGCAAAGGUGAUCUUGGGGCUUUGGGAAAGUUUGAAGUGAAAACUGUCUCUAAGAAACAUGCGCAGAAGAAGCAUGUGAAGAAACCCGCGCGGGGUCGCGGUAAGGAAAAACCUGAGGGUUCUGUUGCCCCUCCUUUGGUGUCGCAGGUGGCAGGUGGUGGUGCGGCUGCAGGUGGGGCCUCCGCGAGUUCCAAACCUGCUGGUGAGAAAAAGAGGAAACCAGACGAGAAGGCUUCUGCUUCUGGUGAGAAAAAACGUCAGAGGAUACAGACCAAAAGGUCCACUGAAACGCGAGGAGAAGAUUUCUCCUCUUUGUUUGAUGUGCCUUCUUCUCCCCCGCAUGACACAGAUGCGGAUGCGGGGGUUAAUAAAGAAUUUGCCGGUCCUUUUGUCAAAGUGGUAAGUGAGCCCUCUGUGCAGGUAGAGGGUACUGGGGAGAAGACUGGGACUCAGAUUUUUGACACUGUUGAUUCCUCUAAUAAUCUGAUCACCCCAAAUGAUACUGAUGAUCUGAAUUUGAGGUUUUCUGAUGCUGGAAAACAGAGGUCUGAUGCUAAAAAGCACAAGUCUCCUGUCGCCGAGAAGGUUUCUGGUUCCGCUUCUAGGGGUGCGGGUCAUGAAGGGCCUCCGAUUCAGCCUGGAGAGACUGAAUUGGAGCACUACUACCGCACCUACACGGAGGACCGGGCUGUGAACUAUCAUCGCCCCCCAUGGAGUGUUAUGCAGGGGGAUGAUAUUGCCAAUAAUCCUUCCUUCUGCAAGGAGAUUUUGGGUGGCAUGGGCACCCCGUUCGAAGUUAACCGAGCCCGCGCUUUGCCGCAUGAGAUCCGGGUCAACCAACUCUCUUCUAUGCUUGUGGGGAGUUCCAUAAUGGCGAAUGCCAUUAUGGAGGACUACCAGGCAUUGGGCCGCAGGGAGGAGGAAGUUGCGCGCUUGCAGGCCGAGGCGGAAAAGUUGGUGAAAGUUGCUCGCGAAGGUGUGGAGCAGCUUGAAAAGGCUAAGGCUGCCUUUGAGAAGCAUAAGCAGACCGAGGAGUGGGCUGCAACUGCUGAGCUUAAACAAGAGUUGGCCAAUGUCAAGGCAGCGAAUGCUGCUUUGGUUAAAGAGAAGGCCACGGCUGAGGCGGCCGUUGGAAAGGCCAGGGAGGCGGAGGCCCGGGUUGCGAAGGCUCUUGAAGAGGAUAAGGAUGUGGGGGGCCGUGCUGCCAAGGCCCUUGAAGAAGCAAAUGCUGAUCGCUCCCUUUUAAACACAACCGUUGGAAGCCUCCAGGCUGAAGUGCAGAAUCACGAGGCCAUGCUUGCGGAGGUUACUGCCCGCGCGACUGAAGCUGAAAAGCGGGCUAGCGAGGCUGCUGAGGCUAGAGAUAGCCUUACCUCUUCAUUCAAUCAGCUUGAGGCCGACCGUGAGUGGAUGCGAUGUCACGGUAUUGGUCAUAUUGUUAGGGCUAUCCUGGAUGCGCUUGAGACUGCAACUGGUAUAGACCUGAUUAAGCAGUGUGCCCAGGAUGCUGGCUUUAGAGCUGGUUACAACCGAUGCAUCAGUCAUAUGAACAUUCUGGCUCAAGGCGAAUACACCGAUGAACUGUCUGGUUUCCAUGGUGUGAAUACUGAAGCGCUUCUUAACGCGGCUUCUGCAUCAUUCUAUGACAUGUCUAUUUCUGCUCUUGAGAAGCUUGACGAAGGCUUGGAUGCGGAAGACUAUGUAGACCGUUUACAGAUGUUAUAUGCUGAUGCUAAAGAAUCGGAAGAGGAAGAGGCUGCUGGUGACGGCAAAGAUGGCGCGGGUACCAGCGGUACAAAGUAG